AUGUGCACCGCCGACGAAGAGACCCGACGAUCCGUCGGCUCUCCUCUCCGCGUCGGUGGCCGGUGGUCGUUGACGUCCCUGAGCUCCGCCAGCAACGCGUGGAUCCCAGAGCUCCUGAUCGCUCGAGCUCACAGACUCCGACUGCGCGGAUCCCAGAGCUCACAGACUCCUCAUUCUAGUCUUCCCCCUCCUCGUCUUCGUCUCACUCAGCGCCACCUCACAGAUGCCGAGUCCAUCACCCGUCGCCGACUAAUUCCAAUUCCCAUUCCAUGUCGUCUCCUCCGUCUCCCGAAUCCAGAACUAUGUCCCCUGUUUUCAACUCCCCAGUUCAUGACCUCACCAAUCCCGGUUCUCGAUGUUCUAUUGUAA